CCCCAACGUAUCCGCGAUAUAGAGUGCCGAAAGGUUAAAUUCGCCUCGGUCGCCGGCAAACCGGCCAGUAGUGUCUCUCGCUCGCCUGUCGUACGCAUUCGCUGACGCGUGUCGCGCUCGUAACACACAGCCUGCGCUGCACCAUACACACGGUCGUGUGUGUGAAUAUAUACGCGACAUACCGCGUGGGGGACUCGUCGCGGAGAGCCUGUGUGCCGAUCGCCUCCGCUCUUGCCUCCGGUGCAGUAGCAGUCAGUCAGUGGUCCAGUGCUCGGACUGUUCGGACACGGGUGCUUUGUUAACGAAUAGUUUCUCUGCGUUACUCUUUUAUCCGUCUCUUCGCAGUCGACCAUUCGGGGGUUGCGUUCGAGGUAAAGGGGGUGCCGAGGAAUCGAAGGAGGAGUCUUUCACGAGAAGAGGGAGGCGGGAGGGUGGAAGGAGCUUCUUCAUCCGCAGAACAACGAAUUCGAAUCAUCGAGGGCACCCUUAUCUCAUCGAUUACCGAGGAACAGCUGAGACAAGUCAAAGAUCUGAGUAGAAAUACACAAAGACAAGAUGUCGGGCAUCGCGGAGUAUUACAAUAAUCUCAUGUACAAUAGAAAUGAUAAAAGAACGGAGAACUGGUUCCUGAUCACAGGUCCGGUUCCAAUACUCACCAUCAUCAUGACGUACCUGUACUUCAGCAUAUCGUUGGGUCCGAGGAUAAUGAGGGAUAGAAAACCCUUUACCCUGAGAAAUACCCUUAUUGUUUACAACUUUAUACAGGUGGUACUCAGCAUAUACCUUGUCUACGAGGGACUAAUGGCAGGUUGGUUGUACGACUACAGCUAUAGAUGUCAACCUGUUGACUAUUCUAUUACCCCGAAAUCUAUGAGGAUGGCCAACGGCGUAUACCUUUACUUCGCCUGUAAGCUAUUCGAGCUCUUGGACACCGUGUUCUUCGUGUUGCGAAAGAAGCAGCGCCAGAUCUCGUUCCUCCACCUCUACCACCACGCAAUGAUGCCCAUCUGUGCUUGGAUCGGAGUUCGUUUCGUUGCAGGUGGUCACGGAACUCUUCUGGGACUCAUCAACUCCUUCAUCCAUAUCCUCAUGUAUACGUACUACAUGCUCGCAGCCUUUGGGCCUGAGGUGCAGAAGUACCUCUGGUGGAAGAAGUACCUCACCUCUCUGCAGCUAGUCCAGUUCACGAUCAUUCUAAUUCAUAAUGCACAGGUCUUGAUGACGGAUUGCAACUUUCCGAAGACUCUGGCAUUCCUCCUCUGCAUCAACGCUGCACUCUUCAUCUACCUCUUCGGUUCGUUCUACGUCGCCAACUACAAUAAUAAAUCAAGCGCCAAGAGCGAUAAAGCUGUCCAGGACAAACUCAAGGCCAAUGGCAGCCUUUCCAACGGAAACACGAAGACAAACGGCUAUUCGAACGGCCACAACAAUGGCCACACUAAGGGCCACAAUGGACACACCAAUGGUCACAUCAAUGGUCACGCCAAUGGUCACACCAACGGCCAAACUAACGGACACACGAAAAUCGACAAAAAGAUCGAGUAAUUUAUGCGUAUUUAAGGUUCACUUUUAUAAGGAUGGAUAAUUAUAAUGCUAUAUUAUAAGGUUUUGUAAAUUUGUCGGAAUCGGCAAGUGGAUUUGCCAAUAUCAAAAAUUAGGGAUUGACCGCAUUUUUUUAAACGUGACUGUCAAGUGGUUAAUCUGAGUCUGCAGUUGGUUUUCAUGAUUGAGCAAUUGUUGAUUAACAAUCGGGACUCGAAAACCGCGUGCCUUUCUCAAUCGGUAAGUGAGUGACCGAGAAAAUCGUUGAUCGUAUGGUUCGAUCGGCUACCGAUCUUACCGACUCGUACGGCUGUUACCAGCGGAGGACUGUAACCUUGUAUCCAGUGUACAAGAGCCUGUAUUUAGGUGGCGGUAUAUUCUCGGAAUCAGAGCCAGUGUUUUGUAGAUAUAUUUUUUUUAACUAAAUCUCUCCAACGGGAAAAUUUAUAGGCAACACAAAUAAUAUUUUAAGUGACAGUGAAGAAGGCUUUCAAGAAAUACUGCGCCAUUCAAACACAGUCUUUUAUUCGACACUAACAGUCGAAUAAUACCAGAAAUGCCUUUGAUUGUUAAAGACGCUCGAUUUGAGAGGAUUUUUCGGCUUCGAUCGGUAAGACCUUUCUUACCGAUCGCAUCACGUGAAGUACUGAUUACACAUGCCGGAAAUGAGUCUAAGUUUUAUAACAACUAUUAUAAUUCCACUCUGUUGAUCGUCUCGAAGAAAAAUAUUCGUACCUUGACGAAUUCAUUGCAACGAAUUCAUUAUUGGACGUUUUGUAAUUUUACAUUAUCACUGUAGGAUACAUAUCCGAACGUAGUGUAUAGACGUUUUGGAAGCCAGAUGUUUUUCGGUGCUAUGCACCUUAUUUUUGUACAGAUUUUCACAAAAUAUUUGAUACAUAAUUAAUCGACAACUCACGCAAUGUUGAUUGUUGGAUGGAAACGAAGAAAUCGAUUAUUUUUGUAAAAAUUGUUAAUAAAUAAUUCCAGAAGCAGAUGGCGAUGUUGGAAUAAGCAUAGUAUAUUAUCAUAUUAGGCCACAUAAGUCUUACAGACAAAGUUUACAAACAAAUGCAGUGUAACUUCAUCGCACACUGUUCCGUACAAACGCGAAAUUCACUCUCGAAAAAUGUCUGAUAUAUAAAAGUAAGCAAACGAAGAACAUCGUGCAUUUCUGUAACUCCUUCGCUAAGCGCCGAAAAGAUGAACGUAAUUUUACUGUUAAACUCGUCCGAGAGUUCUUUCGUACUAUAUAUUACUAUACAUAGAUAGAUAUUACCAAAUCCUUUUUGUACUUUUGAAGGUGGGAGGAAUCGCCAUUUUAGAGUAAAAUGAGAAGAAGGUGCCACAAUCUCUCGAGCCCAUAAUACAAUAAUAUGUACAUAAGAGCUCGAAACUCGAACGUCGCUAUAUGUAUAAAACGUUCUCUUCACUUUGUACUACAAAAUUAUUGUAACCACACAUACACACACGUCGACACUUGCGCACAUGUAUCUCAUCCACACAGAGACAUAUAGUUCGCUCAUAUCCACGGCUGUAACGACGCGUGCUUGGCGUCCGUAUAUUUUCCAGCUACUGUACUUUUUAAACAUCAUCUGUAAUAACCAGACUCUUUCUUUCUUUUUGGUAAUAAAAAACCAUGAAAAGCCU